UUAUAGAUUUUAUUGAGGAGGACAAAGAGAAAACGAGAGAGAGAGAGAGAGAGUGAAGCAUUACAACUCGACAAUCAUUUCGACUGGCUUGGUGGAAAAAAUCUGUCAACGUGUAGUAUCCGCAUUGGAAACAAGUAAACUGUAGUAGAUAUAGAUUACAAUGAAGAGCUCAAUAUUAUCAGCGGUUCCGCUACUAGUGGUCUACGGUGUCAUCUCAUUGACGGGCGUAGAUUCCAAAUUGGCGGAUCGCUCCCGAGUUGUGAAGGCAMGGCACGACUCUGGAAAAUCAAAUCGAUUUCACGACAAUGGACGCCCCAUCGAGGGGCAAUCCUAUCGUUCCGUGAAGAUCGAGGAGGACUCGACUAGAAUAAUGGAAAACAGGGAAAAGCAACCACGCAAACUCGAUCAGAGACCUCGUUUCCAAGCCCAAGAAAAGAAGCAACAGCGCAGAACAAAUGCAGCAGAUGCCGAACAACGAAAGGCACCCUGGGAGCGAAAUUACCCACGAAUGGAGGAUUCCGCCAAGGAACAAAAUGGUCUUCGAAAACUGAAAGGAGAUGUUCCAUUGUUUCCCCAAGCAGAUGCGUUGGGCAAUGGCCAACCUUCCGAAGAUUCAAGCAGUAGUGUUGAAGAAUACGACGAACAUGGAAGGAAACUUUCGUCUCAGUUGACGGGAUGUUGUUAUGACUACCAGAACUAUUACGCUGCUGAYAUGUGUGCAUUGUACGGAAACGAUUGCGAGUCYGGAGAAACCCCCUCGCACGAUUCCGGAGACGAGGAUUGCUCCCAAGACGGUCUUUCCUUCAUUGGAAUCUCCUUCAGUGUGAACACAGCGAGCAGUAAUCCCUACUCCUAUCAGCUCUGCGAUCAAUUUCCCAUGGAAAACAUCAUCGAUCGUGAUUACGAUUAUGUUAUGAGUAUGGACGAAGAUGGUUGGCUUGUCGGAGGAGGUUACAAAACCUUUGACUAUUCUGGGAAAAUGCCGUAAGUGAGAUKUGCUGACUGGCACAUGUAGAGGUCUUAUUUGUAUCAAAUUCUUCACGAMAGAUGGUCCCUGACGACCUUCUGAUUUUCAUUGCGUCUUUUYCCCCGUUAAAYCCUAURCGAUGUUCUGCGAAUAAAGAUACAUCGACUCUUCCCAYACAGAAUUACUUCGUAUUGGUAAUCUCGAUCCUGAUAAGGGAGGUACUUCGAUCGAUCAAGUCUACGAAGCCAUGACUUCGAUUACUUUCCCUCCGUUUUCCAUUUUCCCCGAAUAUCUCAAAGGUGGCGGUGGCCACCAUUCUGGAGAUGAUGGUGRCGACGAAGUUCCAUCCGGUGAUGUUACCAUGAUUGUUUCUGUUGUUGAAACCUACGAGGAUGACAAUUCGUAUUCAGCUUACGAGUAUUUUUUGGAUGAUUUGUUUGAUGCCUUGGAUGCCAACGGCGGAGGUCCAUGUAUGGACGAUCAUGAUACCGAUCCCCACGUUUCUAUGUCGCGCGGUGUYAAGUUCUGGUCUUCUUACCAUAAMAACCAGUAUAUGUACCAAACCAACUUGGAAAUUGCUGUUUGGCAGGCUAUGUAUCCUUAUGGAACUCCCAUCGGGUCAUCCGGAUAUGCUGCUUUCCCCCCUGGUCGUMACGGAUCGAAACAGCAGGUUGGUUAUGGUAAYCUAUACUUCUUUUUUGAUCGAGCCAACAUCACGAAAGCAUUUUCUCCCAACCGAGAUCUCACCAGCAAUGAAGAAUACUAUGCAACGCUGUACAUGGGCUCUGAUGUCUCGGACUUCUACGCAAGUGUAACUGAARUCGACUUUGAUUACAGUGGUUCGCACGAUGAUGGCGAUGAUGAGUACGAACACAACCCCUACGGAUUCAAUGCGCAAAUGGCCAAGCACGAUAUGACUGAUGGUUGGAACUUGCCCCCCAAUUGUCUUCAAGAGGGUGAAACAUUUUUCGGRAUUCCACUAUCUCGARCUUCUGACUCAAAACUUCAAUCAUCCAGCUCGUUUCAAGAGCAAUUUGAUUUCGAAUACCUCGUCGAUCGYAACGGUACUUACGUCCAAUCUUUUGGAACUAAUCACGGUUGGUUAGUCGGAGAAGAACUUGGUAAUGCUGUAGGUUCUAUYGUUGACAAGGACACAGCACACAUCCCCAUAUUCUACGCCGGGACAACAAAUCCAAAUUUAGUAAGUUUGAAGUUUCUCGAGAUUUGUACGRARGGACCUURUGGGAUGCAUCGAUCGUAAARCUGACAUCGAACAUUUGUUCUGACURUUCACCCUGUAUAUUUAGGGAGGAAUGUCACUUAGUGACAUGAUCAAGAUUGC